CGAGCGCGGGGUCGAUAAGAGAGUAUAGCGCCAGUAGGCCUCCUUCCGAUCGUACGUUAUAAGUAUAUACGCACACAUGCGCGAGCUUUUUAUCGCGAAUUGCAACAGUAGCACACUACCCCCUCUACUCUCCGAGCAGUCGUCGAGCCCGUCUCGCGAAUAUCACCCUUGGCUUUAGUUAUAUAUCGCUGAAUUUUAUCCGCCGGUUACCAGACUAUGUGCAUAAUAUGUGCAUAAUCCAUUAAGCUGGACACACGCAACCGAUCGCGCGCGCGCGCGUCGCGCGUUAUGACUCGAAAUCACAAGCUCGCCGGCCAUCUGUUCCAGUAUAAGUAGUGCUUGAUUCCCACUCCAUCUCAGUAGGUACUUACUCAGUAGUCGAACCGGUCGCGCUAGUUGCUCCGCUUUGUGUUUUCUGCACUGACGCUGAGCUUAUCGGAUCAGCUGCACUAUAUAUUGCUCCACUGCUCCGUUUUUCACCGCGGAAUGACGUCGGAUUAAGUGCAGUGAACUGCUGCAGUGCUGACUGGAUAGGCCUACACUGCUGUUGCAGAGCUUUCUGGAGAGGGAGAGAGAGAGAGAGUGAUUUCAAGCUUGGGACUCGGAGUUAGCAGGCAUGUGGCUGUCCACCGCUGAGGCUUCCUCCUUGGGAGCUGAGGAGGUUGCUGGACGACUACAGGUUGAUAUCAGGACUGGAUUAUGGUGGGAAGAGGCUGAUCACAGGAAGCAGCUUUUUGGGCACAAUGAACUUAAUCUCAAGGAGGAAGAACCAACGUGGAAAAAAUAUGCUGAACAGUUUAAGAAUCCACUGAUUCUGCUCUUGCUGGGAUCAGCUGUUGUCAGUGUGUGCAUGAAGCAAUUUGAUGACGCAAUCAGUAUCACGGUUGCUAUAAUAAUAGUGGUCACAGUGGCAUUUGUUCAGGAAUACCGUUCCGAGAAGAGUCUUGAGGAACUGAGUAAACUUGUACCACCUGCCUGUCACUGCUUGAGACAAGGCCGACUGGAAACUUUUCUUGCCCGAGACCUUGUACCUGGAGAUGUUGUUUAUUUGAACAUUGGAGAUAGAGUUCCUGCAGACAUUAGAUUAUUCGAGGCCAUUGAUUUGGCUAUUGACGAAAGUAGCUUUACAGGGGAGACUGAGCCGGCCAACAAAUCCACAGCUCCACUAUUAAAAAGUAACGGGCACAAUGCUAAGAAAAAUAUUGCCUUUAUGGGCACUUUGGUUCGCUGUGGAAAUGGCAAAGGUAUUGUUAUCAAUACUGGUGCCAAGAGUGAAUUCGGAGAGGUCUUUGCCAUGAUGCAAGCCGAGGAGGCACCAAAGACACCAUUGCAAAGGAGUAUGGACAUUUUGGGCACACAGCUUUCGUUUUAUUCUUUCUGCAUCAUCGGAAUCAUCAUGUUGCUAGGCUGGAUUCAGGGCAAAGCUAUCCUUGAAAUGUUUACCAUCAGUGUCAGUCUGGCAGUUGCAGCUAUUCCUGAAGGCUUGCCCAUAGUUGUCACAGUUACUCUUGCACUGGGUGUCAUGAGAAUGGCUAAGAGAAAAGCAAUCGUUAAAAAAUUGCCAACUGUGGAAACAUUAGGUUGUGUAAAUGUGAUUUGUUCCGAUAAAACUGGUACUAUUACUAAAAAUGAGAUGACUGUUACAAUUAUUGUUACUUCUGAAAGCUAUGUCGCGGAUGUUACUGGUGCUGGCUACAAUGCUGUAGGAGAAAUAAAAUUACGGAAAUGUGAUAAUGUUGAACUUGCUCGGGCAGCUAUUAGCAACAUGCUAGAAGUCGGAUGUGUUUGCAACAAUGCCAUCAUUCAAAAUGAUACCCUAUUGGGUCAACCAACUGAAGGUGCUUUAUUAGCAGCUGGUAUGAAAAAUGGCAUGUAUAGUGUAGCAGACAAAUAUCUUCGCCUUCAAGAAUAUCCUUUCUCUUCAGAACAGAAAAUGAUGGCUGUCAAAUGCACUGCAAAGUAUGGAGAGAAUAGACAGGAGGUGUUCUUUGUUAAAGGAGCUUUAGAAAAAAUUUUGCCACAAUGUACAAAAUAUUCUGUAAAUGGACAAUUAUAUUCUCUUACUCAAAAGAAAGAGCAGGAGUUUUUUGCUGAAGCCUAUGAAAUAGGACAACGCGGUUUAAGAGUUAUUGGUUUAGCACGAGGUGUGUCUUUGCAAGAUCUUGUUUAUGUAGGCCUAGUUGGUAUUUGUGAUCCACCAAGACCACAUGUACGGGAUGCAAUUACCACGUUGAUGUCAAGUGGUGUAAGAAUUAAGAUGGUUACUGGAGAUGCUAAAGAAACUGCUGCUGCUAUUGGUAAGUCCCAUUAUCAUGGAAAAUUCCGCGAAUGUUCAUAUAGCUGCUGUGUUAUAAUACUGCGGUGUAUGUUUCUUUUAGCUAAUAUGAUUGGAUUGGAUGUGAUGCACACUAAACUUAUCUCUGGAGAUGAAAUCGAUUCUUUGACAGAGCAACAAUUGGAGGAUAGAAUAAAUAAUGUCAGUGUAUUUUAUCGAGUAACUCCUAAACACAAAUUAUGUAUCGUGAAGGCGUUGCAGAAAAAGGGAAAUAUCGUUGGAAUGACGGGGGAUGGCGUUAAUGACGGAGUAGCACUUAAGAAAGCAGACAUUGGAAUAGCAAUGGGCAUGAAUGGAACUGAUGUCUGCAAAGAAGCAGCUGACAUGAUCUUAGUGGAUGAUGACUUUCAGACUAUUAUAGCUGCCAUAGAAGAAGGCAAAGGCAUAUUUUACAACAUCCGUAAUUUUGUACGAUUUCAAUUGAGCACAAGUAUCGCCGCUUUAUCUCUUAUAGCACUUGCUACGCUAAUGGGAAUACCCAACCCACUUAAUGCUAUGCAAAUUCUUUGGAUCAAUAUAAUUAUGGAUGGGCCACCAGCUCAAAGUUUGGGAGUUGAACCCGUAGAUAAGGAUGUCUUGAAGCAGAAACCGCGAAAUACGAAGGAACCGAUGAUUACGAAGCAUCUUAUUGUUAACGUUUUGCUGUCCGCAGCUAUUAUUAUUUUAGGAACACUUUGGGUCUAUAAUCGGGAGAUGACCUCAGGCGGUAUCACCGCUAGAGAUACAACCAUGACUUUUACAUGUUUUGUAUUUUUCGAUAUGUUUAACGCAUUGAGUUGCCGAUCUCAAACCAAGUCAAUUUUUACAAUCGGUCUGUUGAGCAAUAAGAUGUUUUUAGUGGCUGUAACUUUGUCGGUUGUGGGUCAAAUGCUGGUCAUUUAUUUCCCUCCAUUGCAGAGAAUUUUCCAAACUGAAGCGUUAUUUAUGAAAGAUCUCGUAUUUUUGGUCGCGUUAACCUCAAGCGUCUUUAUUAUUAGCGAGUUGAAGAAGCUUCUGGAGCGCCAAUUGAUAAAGCGACGAAGCGCCAGUCAGCGUUACAUAAAAUCCGAAAUGAACUAUGUAUGACAGUCGGAUGAAGGUGAUGCGGCCACAAACGAAACAAUCAAAACGCGCGAGGAAUAGCAGCAGCAGCCGCUGGAACGUUUCUAAUUGAUCAAAAACGUCGGACUGGUUUUUCUGCAUUUUUCCACUGAACUUUUUAUUCCUUUACAUUCCUGCAAUCAUGUGAAAACGUGCUAUUUGAAUAUCAAUUUUUCUACAUUGUCUUACAUGUAAUGUAGAGUUUUGCAUGAGUGCCAUCGUGACUCCCUUACUUACGAUGCUGGUUUUACACACUUUGAGAAACAAAAAGAAGAAUAUCAAUGUCGUGAUUUAUACUAACAUCCAUUAUCACUGCUCAUCUUUUUAUACCAUUCUAUAAUCUCACCUAGAUCAAUUAUUGAAUGAAGAAGCAAUAUGCGGUUAAUAUUAAUGUAGUCAAUGGUGCUUUUAUACCGUCGUUAUAGUCCGCUAUAUAACGUGGUCUUUAGGAUAUAUUAAGAGUAGAAAAUUUUGAAAUUCACAUCCAAUUAUUGCUUCAAGUUUUUAUUUCAAAAAUAUAACAAAUUUUCGUAUAAUGUUCGCGCACUAAGGUAUUUACAAUCAUAAAUAUAUAUUAUUAUUCACAAAUGUUUGAUAUUUUUGAAUGAAAACUUGAUAACACGUUUAAGAUAAUAUAUAUUUAAAAAACAAACAAACACAUGCAUACAAACAAACAAAAAGUCACUACUAGUCGUAACGUCAAGUAUUUCUAUUUAUCAAUCCGAUGACUCUCUAAGUGUGAUUAAGCGAAAGUAGGACAUACUUAUAAACUAUCGGCUGAGCUCGUGAACAUUAUAACGCGUUCUCUUUCGAAAAAAAAAUGUGUCGUACGAGAUAAUGAGUCUGCGCAGAGUUGUCAGUCAUUGCAGUAUGUAUAACAGAUCUAAUGUAUGCCCUCGAGUGCGCUGUAGGUCUUGUACUGAUAUAGCUGCGGUCCUCCGUAGCCAUAGAGAAGGCGACCUUUACCAUUCUCGUCGUAAUAGGGAUAGCGAUACUGUGGUCUGUAAGAAAAGCGCACAACACGAUGAGUUGGGAGUGUAUAACAGCGACGAGAUGUACAUCCGCGCGAUGCGAGAGAAACACGCACGUCACUUACCUUUCGAAAUACUGGAAAUUCGGCGCCCGUGGUUGCGCAAACGUAGACUCGCUCGGCAUCACGUCCUGCGAAAGUAUUACGAAAACGAUGGCGGCUAGACACUAGAAAAUGUCAAGAAAUUCUUAUAUCGUUAUAUAUUAAAGAAAGCAACAAGAUCAAUUUAAUAAAUGUAUACACUCUGAACUGAUAA